UGGGUCUUUUCCAACCUUAGCGAUUCUAUGAUUCUAUGAUUCUAUGAUAUCCUAGGGUGCAUUUAGAAGAUCAUGGCCUGGAGGUCAGUGGAGGAGAUCCUCCCCCUCUACCCUGGUGAGGACAAAUCUCAAGUGUCCAGUUAGAACUGUAGAAUCACCUAGUUUGGAAAAGAUUUCCAGGAUCAUCCAGUCCAACUGUCCACCUGCCACCAAUAUUCCCCACUCCAUGAUGUCCCUUAGCACUACAUCUAAACAUUCCUUGAACACCUCCAGGGACGAUGACUCAGCCACCUCCCAGGGGAGCCAGUUCCAGCGCCUGACCAAAGUGUUUCCUCAUAUCCAACCAGAACCUCCUCAGGUGCAAGUUUAGGCCAUUCCCUCUAGCCCAAUCUCUAGUUAUGCUGGAGUCAAGGCCAAACUCCACCUCCCCACAGCCUCCCUCCAGCUUGUUAUAGAGAGCUGUAAGGUUUCCACUGAACUUCCUCUUCUCCAGACUAAACAAUCACAGUUCCCUCAGCCACUCCUCAGGAGACUUGUGCUCCAGGCCCCUCACCAGCUUCAUUGCCCUUCUCUGGACACACCUUGUGCCCUCAGUGUCUUACCAGAAGCAAGAGGCCCAACACUGAACAGAGCACUAGAGUCGUGGCUUCACCAGUGUUGAGUACAGGGGGGAUGAUCACUUCCCUAAUCCUGCUGGCAACACUAUUUCUGCCACAAGCCAGGACGCCAUCUGUCAGCCUUCUUGGGCACCUGGGCACACUGUUGGCUCAUGUUCAGCCGAGCAUCAACCAACACUCCUAUGUCAGUUUCUCCCACACAUUUUUCCAGCCACUCUGCCUCAAGCUUCCACGAUACCAUGGGGCUUCCCUGUUAAAAACAGUCUGGGAUCUCGUAGAAAGAUUCCAGCGGGGGGCGACAGAUGCUGAAGAGCCUGGAGCACCUGCCAUAUGGGGAAUGGCUGAGAGACCUGGGUUAGUUCACCCUGGAGAAGACUCGGAGGCAAUCUGAUCAGUGUUUAUAUACAUCAGAAGUAUGGGAGGCAGUUGGAUGAGGCCAGACUCUUCUGAUGAGGGUGUAGUGAUAGGACGUGGAGCAGUGGCCAAAAACUGGAACACAGGAUGUCUCACACAAAUACACAGAAGUAACUUCUUUACAUUGAGGAUGAGAAAGCACUGGAGAAGGUUGCCAAGAGAGGCUGUGGAGUGUCCUCUGGAGAUAUCCAAGACCUGUUGGGAAGCUCAUCUGUCCUGAACCGAGUGCUUUCAUUCCACAUUCUCACCACAGUCACGCCAGAAAUCAACCUGGCCUUUCCUGACCUGCAUGUCCCAGAAACACCAUUCCCUCUACCAAAACAGAAUCACAGGUAGCUUUCCCUAAUUAGAUGCUACCUCAGUCUGACGUGGCCCGUGUUAAACACUGCAACUAAGCAGUCCCAUCUCUCAGUGGGACCUCAGACGAAGAUGACUCUCCGCUGUACCAUCUUAGCCCCUUUUAGGAGGGGGCUAAGAUGGUACAGCCAAGCCAUGUGACGUCUCUCAGGGUGAAUCCUGCAGCCUAGCAGAAGCCAGGUAGUGUGGAAGGGAUAAGAGGGGAAAGAGCAAAGCAGUGUGCAGCAGCACAGAGGAUCUAUGUGUUGCUGAAAGAGUGAGCGUUUUUGCAUGAUGCCUCGUGGAGCUUUAACAGGGUCAGGUAGGGAGGCCAAGGAAGGAUGUCGGUGCGGGACUCAGUGAGGCAUGUGCAAGGAAGCGCGGUGGGACGAGAGCCCGUGCGUGGGGGCAGCCGUGCUGUGUCGGGCCGAGGCCCGGGCCCCUCGUGGACGGAGGGCUGCUCGGGGAUCAGCCCAGGGCCCGGAGCCCACGAGUGCCGGGGCACCGCCCUCCGCCUCCGCCCCCGCGCUGCCCUGCGCCCCUCCCCGUCCCCCGCCCCGACCUCCGCCGAAAGGGCCGCGGUGCCACGGGGCGGGGCCGGGCGGAGCGGAGCGGUGGGCUCUGCCCCGGCCCGGCCCGACGAGGGGCGGCCCGAGCGCAGCCACGCUCUGCUGCUGUCCGCCUCCCGGGCAGACGGCAGCUGCGCGGCGGGGCUCGAUGGCGGCCGGGCUGGGGCCGUGGCUGCUGGCCUUGGCCUUGGGGCCGGCAGGAGUGUGUGCACAGUUGAGACUGGAAACGUCUGGUGGAGGUGUGAGAGCGCCUGGGCAGUCUGUGCAUUUCUCCUGCCGGGGAUCUGGCUUCAGCUUUGGAAGUUAUCAUGUACUGUGGUACCAUCAGGCACUCGGUGGACGUCCCGAGUGGCUGUCCUUCAUCUGGACCGACAGCUCAUAUACUAGAUACAGCCCAGAUGUGGAGGGUCGAGCCACGGUUUCCCGAGACAAUUCCAGAUCUGUGUCCUACCUGUCCCUAAGCGCCCUGCGCCCACACGACUCCGCGCACUACUUGUGUGCUGUUCGCACGGGAACAGGAAAUCCUGCAGAGCUUCAACAAAAAUACCCUUCCUGGGCACAACCGUGUCUGCAGGAACUGCAGGGCUGGCAGGAGCUGGAGCGACUCUGGGCUGCUCCUGGACAGCGCUGGGAUAUCACUGCACUCCACAGAUGACCCUGUCCUUUCCGCAACGUCUGCUUUUACUUUGCCACUCCUUUCAUUCUCCUGAGUCACAACAGCAGUGUUGUGACCUGAGGAUUCUAUUUAUAUUUCUGGACACCAAAUGAGCUUGGCCACUUUGCCCGCCUUCCUACCUGCAGCAUGUCUGCACCUGCUUUUGCAUUCCUUCUUUCCAUGGAUACUCAAAGGCACUUGGCACUUCGAGGAACAGCACUGUCUGCUUCCAUCACCGGCCAUGGGCUGCUUCCACAUGUCUCUGAGCAAAGCAGUGGGGGAAUACCUUUGUUUUUGCUUCAGGGGCAUUUCAGAGUGUUGUAGUCCAACAAGCACAAUCUGUUGCGACAAGCAGGGCCAAGUGAGAUCCUGCAAAUUACAUAGUUUACUGUGAGAACAGUGUCUCCCAAUUGAUUCCAAAGAAGCUGUAACAGUUACAAAGAGCAGAAUAACGCUAUGUGCUGGAGCAGAACCACAGCUGCAGGACUUUAUCUUUCAGCAGAGUCAACAAUAUUAGCUAUGCCAUUUUACUAGUGAUGAUUAAGAGCCUUUGUUUCCUGCUCCGAAAUAAGAGCACCGGUGGCGGUGAACCAUGAUUUCACUGCUGUUAUGCUGGCAUUGUUCCCAGGAAAAUGUUGCCCAUACAGUACAUCUCUCAUCAGCGCAAACACAUGGAAGCUUUAAGAUGCGGUACACAGACUAUAGGAUGGUUGUAGUAGGACUGUUCAGCCAAAUUUGUCAGUGUGCACCAUGAUUUUCUAAUUCGCAUGGUGUCUGGCAUUAUCAUGUUGCAAGAGAAUGUUGCUUCUUCUCUGCCCUGACUGCGACGGUUUAAGCGUUCAGCGUUGUCAGGGUUCAAGGAAAUGCAGAUGGAUCACCCCUUUCCUAUCCAAAAGGCAGUGCACAUCACUUUAACAGCUUGGGGCUGUGUCUUGAAUUUUUUUCUCAGUAGGGAAUUCUCAUGUUCCACUUCCUGGACUCAGGCUGUUCGGACUCCAGCUUAUACUGGUGACACCACACCUCAUUGUUGGUGAUGAUGUGACCCAGGAGACUGUCACCUUGAGCCUUAUAGGGGUUUAAUUGUUCCUGAUGAACCUGCAUACACUAUUCUUUCUGUUGCUGUGUGUUCAUUUAUAGGUUGCUCCUGGUGCAAAUUUGGGUAUAUUCCAAUGUUAACAUUGUUGUUUUCAGUGCAUGAAGUCCAGUAUGCAGCUCAGCAUUCGGGUUCCUGUUCCUAAUCCACUGAUUGACACGGAUGAGCUGAUCCAGAUACUCUUCCUUUCAUGGUGUGACAUAUAUGCACAGCCUUCUGCAA